CAAAAACGAACCGAAAGAUUGCAGGAUGUGCAUCUGCAGUAUAAGUUAAGAAGAUAAAUAAAAUGUUGAGGAGAUUAUAGGUUUAGGUAAGUGGUUUUUUUUAUCAAGAGCUCUAAGAAACGAGGUCAAGGCGCUGAUCAUCCGCCCUCUCUGCGAAGCGGGCGCGAUCUAAGGAAUGUUGGAAGAAUAGAGAAGUGUUGUUCCAUUAGGGUACCACACUGGGAGGGGACGAAGAGGUGGUAAAGAGUCUCCAAAGGGGAAAGAUGUGGACGAGGUAAAGAAUUUUUUGGGUGUAGGUGUAGGAUUGGGAUUUGGAGGUGCAGGACUGAGAUUAGGGCAGAGAAUAUUCAAAAAUCCAGUACGUGCACAAGAUGGAAGUAGUAGAUAGGAGUUUCGAAGAAAAUUCAAACAGAGUACUACGUUGAAGUUGUUACAGAAAUAGAUCCAAGACGUUGCAGACUUAAAAAAGAAAGUUGUUGAUCAAAAAGAUUGUGUCGCGAUAAGUUUACUGUCGCUAGAGCGACGUUAUGAGAUUAGCAUUGUAGAACGUUAUGAGAUUAGACUGUGUAUUUUUGUUAGAAGAAGCCAUCCUGAUGUACAAAGAAUGAAGAUUUUCUAAUUGAACCUGUAACAGCAACAACUAUGAAAAAAAGUCGCGUGUUUACAUCCAAUUUUGGGAACGUUAAGUAGAAGCGAGUCGUGUUUAAUCAUUUUUUUUUCGAGGCAAAGACAGAGUACGACAGAGGACUAUUUUUAUGUGCGAACUACAUCUUCAAGGACCAUCACGACAAGACAAGUCAGCGUAUUUCAGAAAGAAGUGCUAAAAACAGCUACAUAUAACUGCAUGAUAGAACGGACUUCAUUCGAAUUGAAUGACACAAGAAUAGAGGACCACGGAACGCUUGUUGUAGGAAAAGAAUUAUCUUCGUAUCGAGAAUCGAAAGAGGCAAAGACCUUCGUAUGGAAUUUCACCGGUGUGUCAGUACAAGUUUUGAAGGAGCAAACUAAGAAGUAUUCAAAGGAGGUCACUAAAAGCUAGAAAUGAGCAAGUGACAGAGCAUAUAUGCUGAAUUGGAUGAACAUCGAGAAAGAGUGGCAAAUGAUUGCCUACUAUCCGAAGCAGACAGUCUCAUUGAAAAGUCUUUUUUUCAGAAUUACUAAAAAAAGUCGUGAAGGUGUAACUUAUUAUGAAGAAUGCUUGUAAUUCUAUUGUUCCCCUAUUCCCGUCAAGGUAGAACUUAUUGCUGUAAGCAAGCUUGAGAAGGCCAAAAGCUAGAGCAUGUUGUAUUUCAUCAUGAGGUCGUAGGAGGACAGAGAUCAUGAUUCACAUUGCGUCCCCUACCUCUAUCAGUAAAUAGCAAGUUUUACGAAGAACAACAGCUGAUAAUUGAAUAUCAUGAAGGUUGGUUAAGACUACUUGUAUGGACAACGAGCACCAGCGACAAAAGAUGGUCUGCAGUUGUAGUAGAAAAAGUUGAUUGAAAAAAUACGGAUUUCCGAAGCUUGCUUGUUUUUCUGGCGGGCCCCCACCUAAUCUAACUGCGUUGAGGCGAACUUAGAUUUGACAAUCAGCAGGUAGAGGUGUCUUUCUUCUCCAACACGUUGAAAAUUUUAGAGGUCUAAGCAUAAGAAUUCCAAGAGUAGGAUGUGCAUGUAAGCAGCUGUCAUAAGAUACUUAAUGUGAGUCCCUCGAAAGCGGCAUAGGUAUUAAUCCCCGAUCGGAAUCAAGUAUGACGUACGAAAUUUUGUCAUAUCAAAGAUGACCCAGCAGAAAAAAGCACACCCCGUGCCGUGCAGAAAAGAACUCCAGUCAUGAAAACCCCUGUCAUAGGAAGGAAAACUGCUGUCAUAAGAAACAGUGUCAUUUUCAAAAACAGUGUCACCAAUCAUCAGCUGUCCUGAAAGCCGCAACAU